AUGGACACGUCGACGCUGGAGUCACUGAGUGUGGCUGAUGCGGUGCCGCCCCCGCCGGCUCAGCCGUCCCCAUGGGAGUCGCCUGUGCUGUACCUAUUUGGAGUGUUAUCUGUAGUUGUGGGGCUUAUUGCCUUUGCCAUCUUAAUUCUGGUCACUUCAUACAAGAAGCUGACAGCUGGCAACCUGGACAGACGGUACAAUGACGUUGAAGCCAGAGAAAAGUCGGGGCCUCAGUCGACGGAAGAGAAGUAUCUGGUGAUUAUGGCCGGGCAGGAGAAGCCCAGUUUCUUGGCAACGCCGGCGAUGUGGAGCUCAAGGGAAGUUGUGUGUAGCAACUGUUAA